ACCGUGUAUAUAUCGAUGGGUCAAGGACAGUCAGAGGUCCGAGCUGCUGCAGAAUCGGUGUUCCUCUCUACUUGCGGUGCUUUCGUGUGUGUAGCAAGUUAUCGUUUCCCGGCUGUGAUGGAGCGUUGGCGGGGCAGAGUGGCUCUGGUGACCGGAGCGUCGGUCGGGAUCGGGGCGGCUAUAGCCGUAGAGCUGGUCCGGUGCGGUAUGAAAGUGGUGGGCUGCGCCAGGGACGUCGGAAAAAUACAGAAACUGGCAGCAGAGUGUCAGAGUGCCGGCCACCCCGGUGUUUUGGUGCCUUUCAAAUGCGACUUGAGCAAAGAGGAGGACAUUAUGUCCAUGUUUGCAGCCAUCAAAGAGCAGCACAAAGGCGUGGAUGUGUGCAUCAACAACGCUGGCUUAGCUCACCCAGAGCCGCUGAUAAACGGCAAAACCAGCGGCUGGAGGAACAUGAUGGACGUCAAUAUUCUUGGAUUGUGCAUCUGCACACGUGAAGCGUAUCAGUCAAUGAAGGAGAGAAACGUGGACGAUGGGCACAUCAUAAACAUAAACAGCAUAUGUGGACACUGUGUAAUUCCCCACGCAGACACACAUUUCUACUCUGCCACCAAGUAUGCCGUCACCGCUCUGACGGAGGGCCUGAGGCAGGAGCUGCGUGCAGAAAACACCCAUAUCCGAGCCACAUCCAUCUCCCCCAGUUUAGUGGAGACAGAAUUUACUCUGCGACUCUACAGCAACAACCCUGAUAUAGCAGCUAAUGUACACCCUGCAUAUAAGGCUCUGGAAGUAGUAGAUAUCGCCAGUGCUGUCACAUAUGUGCUCAGUGCCCCUCCUCACGUUCAGAUUGGAGACAUUCAACUGCGAGGGACAGAAGUGGUGUCUUAGGGUUGCACCAUAGGACCAUCCUGAAUCAAUAAGACUAAUUCUUCUUUAUGAAAGUGAUGACCACAUUACAUUUUUCAGUAGCACAAAUCUAACACAUUACUAAAUUCAUUAUAAUUACAGUUAUGGCUUUAUUUAGGGCUGCAUAAAACGAUUAUUUUAGUAAUCGAGUAUUCUAUCGAUUAUUCCAGCAAUUAAUCGAGUAAUCGGAUAAGAAAUACUUUUUUUUAUUAACAGUUUAUCUGCAUAUUUUAAC